ACCAGUGGAGAUGCUAGCUGGUGUUGCCAGGUGUUCAGACAAUGACGACUGUGUGCGUAUCGGAUCAACAUUCCCGUAGGAUUCGUACCGGAGUUUGAAAGUGGAAUGCGGCGUCGGUUUACUCCCGGAAUGCUCGUACACCUUAACUUCAAUCUUGCUGUUCCCGAGUUCUCCCCAGAUCAGAUUCAGAGGCGUGAUCCUGCUCUCGCCGCUCACGCCGAAAAGCCCCUCGGCCGGCACGGACGUGUCACAAUCCUCCACCGGUCUUUCCUCCACGACCGCUUGGAGAAAACGUCCCAGCCUGAAACGCAAACAAGAUCAUCAUCAAGCAUUGAACGAGCGCUUUUUCAGAUGCCGCCCACGUACCUGAGGAGCACGGAGAGGCGCCACUGCUGGCUGGUCACGGUUCUGCAGGGGUUGACCGAGAGGGCCCACGUGCGUCCCUUGGGAUCCUGGUCCUUUUUAGCGCCCGUGCUGCUCUGCCUGUGAGAGAUUAGCUCCAGGAAGUUGGUGAGGAGGACGGCGGGCCGUGCCGCGAGCAGGGCCGGGUAGUGCUCCAGCAGCACGUCCAGGACCUUCAUGGCGUCUUCUUGGAUGCCCAACUCAAUGUGAGUCAUGGCACAACACAGGUGGGCACUGAGGAGGGGGAAAAAGGGGGCCACUCGUUCCGCAGGCACAGACUGGGAAAUAUACCUGCAAUUUAAGUCAGUGUUGUUUUAGGGAGAUUGAGAGGUAAAAAGGACACCUGUUUUGCUAGCGAUUCACACGCAAAUAUAUAUAUAGGGCCAGAUUUAUUUGUGGUGGACCGCCACAAAUAAAUGUACUGCAAACCCCUGUAACACAAGUUAUUAUUGGAUCUGAAGUUGUUACCAGAUGAGGCACAAUGGGCCUACUAGUAAGUGAGUGCAAAGUAAGAGCACAAUUCGUCAAUGGCGAUUUAAAUGUAUUUGUGGUGGACCGCCACAAAUAAAUGUACUGGAAACCCCUGUAACACAAGUUAUUAUUUGAUCUGAAGCCGUUACGUGAUGAGGCACAAUGGUGAGUGCAAAGCAUGGCCAAAUUCAUCAGUGGCAAUUUAAAUGUAUUUGUGGUGGACCGCCACAAAUGAAACCCCUGUAACACAAGUUAUUAUUUGAUCUGAAAUUGUUACGGGAUGAGGCACAAUGGGCCUCCUAGUAAGUGAGUGCAAAGUAACAGCAAAAUUCAUCAGUGGCGAUUUAAAUGUAUUUGUGGUGGACCGCCACAAAUAAAUGUACUGGAAACCCCUGUAACACAAGUUAUUAUUUGAUCUGAAGCCGUUACGGGAUGAGGCACAAUGGUGAGUGCAAAGCAUGGCCAAAUUCAUCAGUGGCGAUUUAAAUUUAUUUGUGGUGGACCGCCACAAAUAAAUGUACUGGAAACCCCUGUAACACAAGUUAUUAAUUGAAUAGAAGCAGUUACGGGAAGGCUAAAAAAAAAUAGUAAUUUACAUGGUCAGUUGACUCACUAACCUGAGCACACGUGUGGCGGCCACACGAACGUUUCCAUCCUUGUCAGUGAACACAGCAGCCACCUCUGAGAGCAAACGUGACAGAUGCUGCUCUAACAGAGACGGGUUCACGGACAGCAGCUCUCUCAAACCCAGCAAGGCACUGUGUUUCACGUUGGCGUUGUAAUGGUGAAGCUGGGACAACAGGUCCUGGUAAAGAUAAAGCGCACAAAGCAGCGUUCCAUAACAAUUCCAGAGCGGUGUUUUAUAUCCUGAAGGCACAGACACUGGACUUACGUUGAUGCCAAGCUGUCUGUGGGUGGUGGGACCACUGGUGUCCGUCCUCAGCUGCUCAGGUAGAUGUAUUCCCUUCGUUCGGAAGUUUGUAUUGGUGGCGUUGUCAGCUCUGGGCUUCUUCUUUCCCACUUUUAACUUGACCUUUUGGAAGUCAUCCUGUCUCUUCUUCUUCUUGGAUUUCAUUGCAACAAUCUGAUGCCAAACCUAUUCAUGAACAUCAAGGUAAAGGUGGCAUUUAAAGGCUGGUAGUGUGUCUUUGCAAAGCAAUUGAGAAUUUAAUGAAUCGAUAUGCACUACAUAUUGCCAAUUAUCAAAAUCGGUUCGUGGAAGUUAGAUCCAUAUAUACAGUAUAUACAUUGUACUGGACAGCUGUGUCUAUUAGUAGCAUUAGCAAGCUAACAGAACAUCAUCAUCAGCGUGUUUGAGGGAACUUACGUCACUCUAAGGUCUCGGCUCCAAGAUUUAAACUGUAGCACACUUUCAGUUGUCUGGAUUUGAAGGAAAAAGGCACAAUGUUAACUAUGUGCCCCGAUCGGUUCUGAUUAAAGUGUGCAUGUUUUCAUAACCACCGCCUCUUUUUUCAAACCGGCGGCGGGGCUUACAGAAUAAAACAUUCGUGGCGGAAAAUCUAAUUUUGGUACGACGAGGCAAUACGUGCAGUAACGUUUUAAUGCACAAACAACGUGACAAGUGUACGAUAUCGCUGCUAUAUUUGAGUAAAAAUAUCAGCGUGUUCAAUACCUUUCACAGUUCUCCUUCAGUCUACAACGGUGUGUCCGGGUGUACAACAGCAACACACUACAUAGUCGCCGUCGUAAAUGCCUGGGACUAAUGAUUUUUGUUUUUAAUAUUUACUUUUAAAUUCCAACUUUCAGGGACAAAUUGUGUUUGUGUUGUAUUCAUAUAUUUUUGGUAUUGGUAUAUCGGUACCACAAUUCAGUAAAAAGAAAAAAAUAAUCAUACAUUUUUAAGCAGGCACAUCUCCGGGCUGUCCUUGUCUUUCUCGGGGGUAUCUCCCAUGGACACAAUUUAGUCACCUCUCACAGCUUUCGUCUUUUGGAUCGACUGCCAGAAGUCCAAGGAUAUUUUCAUGCGUAUUAACUGAUCUCAGCAGCAAAGAAAGAAGAAAUGGAGUCUGGGGCAUCGGUCUGUCACUUUAAGAACGGCAACCCAAACACAACGGCUCAAUUUAAGCAGAAGAAGGGCAAAAACCCCAAGGGAAAGCAGUUUCUGCAGCAGGCUGAUGACAUAGUGUAUGCCAAAGGAGCAUCCUUCCAGACCGUGCCCUCUCUCGGAAAAGUGUUGAACAAGAUCAUAGAGCCUAUGCUUGGCCUCCAGUAUGUGUGGGAGUACCGCAGCCCCAGUAAGACCGUCCCGCCGCACUACCUGUGCAAAAUUUGCUCGGUGUCACGCUUGCUGCAAGACAUGGUUGCUCACGUGAAAAGCUGGAGACACAACCUGCGAUACUUGAAAAAAGAAUACCCCAAUAAGGUCACGUCUGAGGAGGAGGAGUGCCUCAAAGAUGCCACCCUGAAGAAGAAGGUUAAGGAUAUCACAGCCGAAGUGGAGAAGAUGGAUGGGAGAGGACAAAUCAAGGUCGUCAUGAAGGAGCCUUGUAACAUACCUUCUUUCAAAGGAUUACCUACUGCUUUUCCUAAGGCCAUCCCCCCGCCAGCACCAGCAAUGGGGCUAAAUGGGCCGCACCACACUUGUUUCCCAGGUCCAGUGUUCGACGACCAGUCGUUUCACGAGGAGUUUCCCCCAAACGAAGGUCCUUACGAACAAUAUCCUGCGGAAUUUCAGACAUCAGACUAUCAAGGCUUUCCAUCCGAUCACCGGUUCCCAGACUCUGACAUGGGUCCAGGAUCCUACCCAGAUCGGCCGGGAGAUGACUUUAGAGCCAAUAACGGACAAGGUCGCUACAACCCCGGCGAAAUGUUUGACAACUACCAAAGCCCCACAAUGGGGGGCAGUUUAAUGGACUUGCACACGAAGAAGCCGUUCGACAUGCCAAGACCCCCCAUCGUGCCGCCAGCGCCAGCCACCGGCAUCCAUUCGAAUGCGCUGCUCGAUUACCUGGACACCUUCCAGAUCGAGAAUGAGAAGGAUGCACAGCUGGUGCUGAAGGUGACGCAGAAACUAACGGACCUGCUGAUGGAGUUCAGACUGAAGAGCAUAUCAUCUGCGGGUCCUAGUAUGAGCAGCUUGUCAAUGAACUCGGGGUUCUCGUCAAUGUCGUCCAGCUUGCCAAGAAACGACAGAUUUUCACUUCCUUUAACCAAAGGUAAGGAUCAUCCUUUCGGCCAUGACACCAAUUCAAAUGCAGAGGGAGUAAGAACUCGGCCAUUUCUUUUUCUUCCUGUUUUAAUUUAACUAAGUCUUUCAAUGCUGUUACUGUGCAUGCAGGUCCAUCUCGUUAUUCCGACGGUCCCCUCAGGUUCUAAACAUGAAGAUUCUUCCCGUGGUGAACAUUCAGGAGUCGCUCUUUUUUUGUAUAUAUUGCUUUUUUUUUAUUUUUGGACUUUUAGUUUAUUAAAACAAAACCUUUCUUCAGUCUUUGAAUUUUAAAGAAUUUUCAGUCACUUCAUCUGAUGGAAGGAACAUGUUCAUUGGAAAUAAACAAUUAUAUUCAAG